CCUCAUCGUCUUCGCCGCUAUCGGCUCUCAGCUCAUUCUGUUCUUCGCCGUUCAUUCUCAGUGGUGAGCUGAAUGUGUAAAAUGAGUAAGAAGAAAGUGCUGGUGUUCUUGGAUAUAUGUAUCGAUGGUGAUCCAUCAGAAAAGAUGGUAUUUGAGUUGUUAACUGAUGUUGCUCCGAAGACUGCAGAAAAUUUCCGUGCACUUUGUACGGGAGAGAAAGGAACCAACCCCAGGACUGGAGCAACAUGGCACUACAAAGGAACCUUUUUCCACAAUAUUGUGAAGGGAUCUGUGGCUCAGGCUGGAGACUUGCUCAGGAAAGAUGGUAACUAUGGAGAAAGUAUAUAUGGCUCGAAGUUUCCAGGUUGAGGCUGAUUUGAUCUUAUUCUCAAGCAUGGGAGCUUCAAUGCUAUUGGACAUUUGUUUCCUCUCUUAUAAUGAUGAGUCACCAAAGCUGAAACAUGAUAGCCCUGGUCUUCUAUCUAUGGCUAUUGCUGAUCGUGAUACACGGGGUUCUCUAUUCACAAUCACUUUAAAUGAGGCUCAUCAUCUUGACAGGAAAUUUGUUGUAUUUGGCAAGCUUGUUUAUGGCCAUGAAGUCCUUAAGAAGAUUGAGAACGCAGGGAGUGACACAGGGAAGCCAGAUGUGACAGUUAAAAUAGUAAAUUCUGGUGAAUUUCAUGGGAGCCGGCGCAAAGGAAAGCACAAAAAAUCUUCGAAAGAAAGAAGGAAGAAAAGAAGAAGAUAUGAAACCUCAGAAUCAGAUAGUUCUACGGAUUCUGAUACAGAGUCUUCCGAUUCAGAUAGUGAUUCUGAUUCAUACAUCUCCUCAUCAACUGACACCAGUUCAUCCAGUGAUGUCAAGCGCAGGAAGAGGAAGAGAUCUAAGAGAGAGAAACAUAGACGUGAGAAGAGAAGGGAGAAACAUCGGGAGAAAAUGCGUAAGAAGCGUGAAAAGAAGCUAAAACGCAAACUUAAAAGUUGCUCCGACAGCCUUUCUGAAGAUGAGAGCAAAAGUAAUUCUGAAGGGGAUGCUGGUGCUGGUGGGUUGGAUGGAGAGUUUAAGAACACAGGGAUGAAACCUGAUGGAAGUCAAUCUCAUUCUGUUGAAGAUGGGCAAGCUGCAUCUGGUCACCAGAAGAAAGGAGAAACUGCCGCCCCAUUUGAGAGGAAAGUUAACUUCUGCAAAACGGGAACCCAAGUGAAAGCCCAAGGCGCAGUAUCAGCAGGAGUCGAAGUAUCAGAACAAGUUCGCGCCACCUCUCGGAUCGUAGUACAAGCCCGGCAAAACGUGGAAACAGGAGCCCGACAAGAAGUGUCAGUAGAAGCCCUCCAGCCAAAAGAGGAAGAAGUGAGCCUUAGCAGAAGUCCAGCAAGGGUUCCUUCUAGGCGAGGUUCCAGUCGAAGUCCAGUCAGAGGACCUCACAGAAAGAAUCUUCGCAGCUAUUCAAGGAGCCCUCCAAGUGCAGGGCGCAGGGAAAGAUCACCAAGAUCUGGUCGUGGUAGGAGCUCAUCUAGGAGCCCAUCUGUGGAUGGAUCUUCUAAGCGCAUUAGAAGGGGAAGAGGAUUCAGUGAGCAAUAUUCCUAUGUUCGUAGAUACAGGAGUCGGUCUCCUGUGAGAUCAUCAUACCGCUACGGUCGCAAUGACCGUGACAGAUAUACAAGUUAUAGGAGGUCACCUAGACGCUACAGGAGCCCAAGAGGAAGAACACCUCCUAGGUACAGAAAUGGACGAAGCAGGUCCCGUAGCGUGUCACGCAGCCCAAUACGUUACCGUGGAAGGCGUCAUAGCCGAAGUCCAGUUCGCAGCCGCUCUCCCCAGGGCAGGUACCGGCCUUCCCCACGCGCUGAGAGACAGCGGACCAGGUCACCAUCAGGAGGAUCCAGGUCAGCUGCAUCUAGCAGGUCACCCACCCCUCCUCGGCAGAGAAGCAAGGAAAAAUCCGCUUCACUCUCUAGUAGCCCCCCUGCGAAGGGUGGCGGCGGCGGCUUGGUUUCUUAUGAUGGGGACGGUUCGCCUGACUCUAGUAGAGAUUGAUCCGAACGCAAACAACAUGAAAUGUGCCAAUCUUUCAUGAAGGCUGGCUUUGCUGUCUCAGAAAAGUUGCAGUGUUUCUUGUGGUUAGAAGAAUGUGUGUGAACUUCUUGAUUUGGUGUGACCUGGGUAAUUUCGCUAUAUGCCGUAAUAAUUUUUAUUAAAAAAUACAUUAAUGUUUGUAGCAAAUGUGGCUGGACCCUGCGGUGCAUGGACGUUGUCAUAACUUUGUGUGGAGUCUUGUUGGCUUUCUUCUUAAUCUUCUUUUGAAUAUUUAUAUGCUUUGUUAAGAAACUUCAGAGUUUUUU